CCGCCCGCCGCCGCCCGCCGCCGCCUGCCGCUGCCCGCGCCCCCGAACCGCUCCGCGGUGCCGCCGGACCAGCAUCAUGUCGCUGUCGCGCACGGAGGAGAUGCAUCGGCUCACGGAAAAUGUCUACAAGACCAUCAUGGAGCAGUUCAACCCCAGCCUCCGGAACUUCAUUGCCAUGGGGAAGAACUAUGAGAAAGCUCUGGCAGGUGUGACCUACGCUGCCAAAGGCUAUUUUGACGCUCUCGUGAAGAUGGGUGAGCUAGCCAGCGAGAGCCAGGGCUCUAAAGAACUCGGAGACGUUCUCUUUCAGAUGGCCGAAGUCCACAGGCAGAUUCAGAAUCAGUUGGAAGAGAUGCUGAAGUCUUUCCACAAUGAGCUGCUCACACAGCUGGAGCAGAAGGUGGAGCUGGAUUCCAGGUACCUGAGCGCCGCGUUGAAGAAAUACCAGACAGAGCAAAGGAGCAAGGGUGACGCACUGGACAAGUGCCAGGCUGAGCUGAAGAAACUCCGCAAGAAGAGCCAGGGCAGCAAAAACCCACAGAAGUACUCGGACAAGGAGCUGCAGUACAUCGACGCGAUCAGCAACAAGCAGGGUGAGCUGGAGAACUACGUGUCGGACGGCUACAAGACAGCCCUGACGGAGGAGAGGAGAAGGUUCUGCUUCCUGGUGGAGAAGCAGUGCGCCGUGGCCAAGAACUCCGCCGCCUACCACUCCAAGGGCAAGGAGCUGCUAGCACAGAAGUUGCCACUGUGGCAACAGGCCUGCGCCGACCCCAACAAGAUCCCAGACCGCGCGGUGCAGCUGAUGCAGCAGAUGGCCGGGAGCAACGGCUCCGUCCUCCCCAGCGCCCUGUCGGCCUCCAAGUCCAGCCUGGUCAUCUCAGACCCCAUCCCGGGGGCCAAGCCCCUGCCGGUGCCCCCUGAGCUGGCCCCGUUUGUGGGGCGGCUGUCUGCCCAGGAGAGCACGCCCGUCAUGAAUGGCGUCUCGGGCCCAGAUGGUGAGGACUACAGCCCCUGGGCCGACCGCAAGGCCGCCCAGCCCAAGACCUCGUCUCCUCCACAGUCCCAGAGCAAGCUGAGCGACUCCUACUCCAACACGCUCCCCGUGCGCAAGAGCGUGGCUCCGAAGAACAGCUACGCGGCCACUGAGAACAAGACCCUGCCGCGCUCCAGCUCCAUGGCGGCCGGCCUGGAGCGCAACGGCCGCAUGCGGGUGAAAGCUAUCUUCUCUCACGCGGCCGGGGACAACAGCACCCUGCUGAGCUUCAAGGAGGGGGACCUCAUCACGCUGCUGGUGCCUGAGGCCCGCGACGGCUGGCACUACGGAGAGAGCGAGAAGACCAAAAUGCGGGGCUGGUUUCCCUUCUCCUACACCCGGGUUCUGGACAGCGAUGGCAGUGACAGGUUGCACAUGAGCCUGCAGCAGGGGAAAAGCAGCAGCACAGGGAACCUGCUGGACAAGGAAGACCUAGCCCUCCCGCCCCCCGACUACGGCACAGCCUCCCGCGCCUUCCCUGCCCAGGCAGCCGGCACCUUCAAGCAGAGGCCCUACAGUGUGGCCGUACCUGCCUUCUCCCAGGGUCUAGAGGACUACGGAGCGCGGGCUGUGAGCAGCGGCAGCGGCACGCUGGUGUCCACGGUGUGAGGGCGCUGACCACGGGCAGCCGCUGCUCGGAAGAGCCCCCUCCCCCACCUGUCUGGCCUCCAUCGGUUCCCUCCUCCGCUCUUGUUGGUUUGUUCUCGGGUUAUUUUUCUUUCUCGCCUGCCCUGUCCCGCCUUUUGGUUGGUGACCCCAGACUCUGAGAUCCCCCAGGGUCCAUGGUGCUGCCCCAUCUCUGCUCCCCAUUGUUUACACGCCCCCAACCCCAUGUGUCCGCCAGGCGGGAGCUGCUGGCCAGGCAGUGCGGGCCAGGCAGCCUCACGUCUGCUCCGCGGCUGCCAUGUUCACGACGCACUGUCCCUUUUUGAAGGCUCAUCGCG